AUAGAAAGAUGGCUGAGGAGAAGGCCAGUAGUCCAUGAGACUGCAGAGAAUGAAGGGGUUUGUGUUUGGCAGGGAGGGGGGGCAGUAAAUAGGGUGGAGUGGGGGAGAGGGUUAUGUGACCAGUAACUGAAUUCCAGGGGCAAAUGCUGUGUACUGUAGCCUGGUUCCUUUACACAGGCCCCUGUGCAGAGAGCAAUACCCUGCCUCGAUCAGCUGGCUGGAAGAGGAAGAGGGCGUGGCCCACAAAGGAGGGGACAGAGGAGGAGCCUGCCCCUGGGGCUCAGGACCUCUGUGUCCUGGAGACUCUGUGUGGGCUCAAGAAGCUGAAGAGGCAGCGGGUGUCUUCAGGGCGACCAGAGCACCAUCAAGCCUUCACCAGGCUGCUGGAGGACCCUGUCAUUAAGAGAUUCCUGGCCUGGGACACACACCUGAGGCUCUCUGACAAGUAUCUCCUGUCCAUGGUGGUCGCUUAUUUCAGCCGCCUGGGCCUCUUCUCCUGGCAGUACCAGCGAAUUCAUUUCUUCCUGGCCCUCUACCUGGCCCUGGACAUGGAAGACAAUUACCACGCCCCAAAAGGGGCCAUCUUGUUCUUCCUCUAUGGGGAGAACAGCUGCCCCCAGCGCCGCCUGUUCCACAAACUGCGAUUCCAGUUCUUCUGCUCCAUGGGCUGGAGGGCGAGGGUCACACGAGAAGAGUGCGAAAAGAUCCAUGCUUUUGAUCCAGAGCUCUGGGUGUGGGGGCGAGAUCGCGCCCUCCUUUCCCAGGCCACCGAGCCUAAGUAUAUGUCAAGGAAGUUUGUCAGAAUGAUCUAA